UGGAAAUUUCCGCCAUCGCCGCCGACGCCGCCGCCUCGCCCCCCCAGUUUUUGUCACGGCGCCCGCCAGCGAACCGAAGGCUGCUCGGCGAACGCCCGCGCGGCCCAAGAGGAGGGCCCCCUCAGCAGGGAGGCCGUCGGCGGCAGCCGGCGCGUCCGAGCCGAGCGGAGGAGCGGCCGAAGCGCUCACCGCGCGGAUGGCCCACGGUGCAUUAUCGCGGGGGGCCCGGGGCCAGCAAGGAAUGGGCCCACGAGGAGAGGCUGCCCCAGGACAGGGGGUCGGGACCGCCCUGGGGCCGCGGGCUGGAGAAAAACCAAAAAAAGGAGCGGAGGGGAGGGGAGGAGGCGGGGUGCCAGAGCGGGGCGACGGAACGCGAUCGCCACCUUGCGCACAGUUGCGGCGGCGGCGGCCCCCCCUCGCCUUGGAGGAGGGGCGGACACUCAGGGGGCCCUCCCUUUGGGAGACCCCCGAGGGGGAGGGAGACCUGCCGACAUCAUCCUCCGAGACCUGGGCCACAUGUGGGCCAGUGGGCGCUUGGUGGUACUGAAUCGGCGCAUCCCUGUGGCGUGCAGUGCCGGGCGCCUUCCAAGACAGGCGAACGUGCGUGGCAGACGAGGAGGGCGCGCGAGGGCAGCAGGGAGGGGGAGAAGGGGAGGAGGAGGACCCAGCCCAGAGGAGCAAGAACAGCAGAAGCACGAGGAUGAGAAGGAGGCGCUGAAGCGCGGAACGAAAAAGCUCGCGCCCACCCGGCGCCGCGCGACCUUGCCGCGCGCGCGCGAGGAGCCCGCGGGAGAAGCCCGCCGCCGCCGCGCGAGCCGCCGCCGGCACAUCUCCGGCGCUCCACGGCGAGCGGAGGCGGCACGGAGGCGGACAGGGGGGAGCGGAGAACGACAUCAACACACGAACUCGGAGGUCCGCGCAAAAAGUCAGAUCGGCGGAUGUCAGGGUCGAAAGCGAGCGACCACCAUGAGAUCCCGGC